CGCUUCGCGUUGGAUUUGCAUGUUAAACUAUAUAUUUAAAAUUACCCAAUCAACAACAUGUGGGCCUCGUGGCCAAAUGGUAAGGCGCCAGAUUUCGGCUCUGGAGAUUGCGCGUUCGAGCCGCGUCGAGGUCGGUCAUCACUUUUUCUCACCACCCAAACUUCAUUUUUGACUCUGUUCAAUGCGUUGUCCAUUCAGUUAUCGGCAACUUUCCUUGUUACUUGUGGCCUGCCCUGUCUGUUAUCUCAGUGUUCAGACCACACUGCAUUGGGCCGGUUUGCGAGUACCAGAUCCAAGCAAACUAAAAGCCAAUCAAAUGACCACGUCAGCAAUUCCCGGUAUUAUACUGUACGAAGGUACGGGCACUCUGUACGGAUCUGUACCUAGAUCCGUACCAUUUAUCGUAUGGCAAGAUGAAAACCUUGGCAAAGCAACGCACGCAACAUUCGCAGCUGACUUUCGAAGAGUACAUAUCCGUAGUCAGAGUUCCGAAAAUACAACGUCUCUGCAUGAACCUCAACUCCCUUUCUUGGCAACAAUGCAACGAACCUGGGGAAGUCAGGUAUUAGUAACCUGCACAGAAGCAAGUACUUUACAUGCGGCUAUCGGCCAACCAAGAUGAUCACCAGGUCUCGUGCGUGUCUUGAGCGUGGCCGCAACUGAUCGACAAGCUGAGCUGGGCUGAAGUUAUUGGGAAACGUGCGAAAGGCACGUCGACCGGGUUU